AUGCUGAACGAUUUGAAAGAAAUUAAUAAUACUCCAUUGGAUGAAGAUAAUACCGAACCGAUGACAGAUGAAGUUAUCGUUGGUAACUUCAUGAAAGCUGUUACUGGAGGUACUGAUACAACGCAACCUUAUCGCUUAUUUAAUGCUGAAGUAGAGAAAAGUGUUUUGAAGAAAUUGAUUCAAAUAUAUACGUGA